AUGCCAAUGCCAUAACCCCACACUGGGCACUGAGUAGUGCACAAAUCAGUUCUUGUUCACUCUUUUCUGUUUACCCUCAAUCAUCAAAGCACACAAUCUGACGAAUCCAAACAAACAAACGCGGCAAAUUACAUCACCAUUAUUAAUACAGAGUAGUAAAAUAUUGAUAGUUCAGAAUCUUCUACUUAUUAGAAUUUGUGAAUUUAUUGAUAUUCUUGAUAUUUCCCAUUACGAAAGGCUGACAUCGUGCUUUCCACUACUACUACUACUCUUUUGCUCACUGCUUUUUGCUCUCAACUUGUUAGAAACCCGACCCCAUCAAUCUUUUUCCGCGUUGGGAUCAUCAAUUUACUCCUCUCGGAUCUGAUAAAAUCAGCAUUCUUUAUUAUAAGUGAGAAUGGGGAAAGCUGCUAGAGACUGGGCGCAGAUCUACUCAAUUUAUGGUCUUGACGAUUGGCACACCCCAAUAUUCCUUUUAAUUCAUGCCAUUUUCUUCUCCGUUCUUUCGGUGCUUUUUCUCCUCUACUUCGAGCCCACCUGCUACUUCCUCCAGCAUUUCUUACCUGGUCCUAGCGCCGCUCGUUUCGCCGCCGGCUUCACCGGCUCCGUCACUGCCCUUUCCGCCGUCUGCCUCUUCUUCGCCGCCGGCAACAUCUUCUACUCCUCUGUUUCCCUCCACUGGGAAAUGGCACAGCGAAUGGUCAACGCUGUUACUGACUGGUCAACCGUCAAGCAUGCUCUCGACUUAGGCUGCGGCCGCGGCAUCCUCCUCAACGCCGUCGCUUUACAGCUUAAGAAAUCCGGAUCAUCGGGUCGCGUCGUCGGGUUACAUCCGACUCCGACCCGGUCUCUCACCACUCUCCGAACUGCAGGGCUUGAAGGUGUCCAGGAGUACGUCACGUGCCGGGCGGGUGACCCGAGGACGCUUCCGUUCAGCGAUAACUACUUCGACGUGGUAGCGUCGGCGGCCUUCGUGCACACGGUGGGGAAGGAGUUCGGGCAGAAGACGGCGGCAGCGGCGGCGGAGAGGAUGAGAGUUUUGGGGGAGGUGGUGAGGGUGCUGAAGCCUGGGGGUGUAGGGGUGGUGUGGGAUCUGGUGCACGUGCCGGAGUACGUGAAGAGACUGCACGAGCUGAAGAUGGAGGAUAUUCGGGUUUCGGAGCGGGUCACGGCCUUUAUGGUCAGUAGCCACGUCGUAUCAUUCAGCAAGCCAAGUCAGCAUUUUGUGGGGUCCAAUGAAGUGAGACUGGAUUGGAGACUCAACAAUCUUUGUUGAAAAUAUAGCAUAUGAAAGUCAAUAUGGUGAUAACGUAAGUUAUGGGUAGUAUGUUGUACUCUUUAUGUUUCUAGGGGCCUUUAUGGCAAUCUGGGGAAGCGAAGUGGAACCAGAUUCAAUAAUAAUAAAUUACUAAGAAUUUAGGACGGAUAGAGAGUGUUAUUUUCCCCAUUUUGAUAAGGGAACUUGAAUUUGUUCUAUAGCUCUAAAGAAAUGGUGAAUAUCUAUUGUAAUUUGUACAUAAUGUUUUGAUAUAUGAUUCUAAUUAAUUGUGCUACUAAAAUUAGCUUUUUUGAUUUUUA